UUAUCACCUAGUAAGUUAUGAGCUGAACCAGCUGUACCUCAGCACUUUUGACCUCUCCUGUGCACUGGUCUGAUCUAGUCCGUCUAGGUGAGCUCACAAGAAGACGUGAUGUUUUUGUUCGUUGUUACUUUUCUCAGCGUUCAUUUAGCCCUAGGUCAAACGGAUCGUGUCUCGGACUCGUCGUAUGUUGCUGCUGUGUAUGAGCACAGAGUAAUUCUGAACCCAGAGCCUUAUAUCCCUCUGUCCCGAAAAGAUGCUCUGGAGCACAUGCAGAAAAAUCUGGACAUCUACGAGGAGCAGGCUGUCAUAGCCGCACAGCAGGGUGCCCAGAUCCUUGUGUUCCCCGAAGAUGGCAUUCACGGUUUCAACUUCACUCGUUCAUCCAUCAACGGCUACCUGGAGUCCGUCCCUGACCCCCAGCAGGAGAGCUGGAACCCUUGCACAGAGCCGGGCAGAUACAGCAACACAGAGGUUCUCCAGCGACUGAGCUGCAUGGCCCGCCGUAACAACCUCUACCUGGUGGCCAACAUGCCUGACCUGCAGCCCUGUCCUCUGAAGAGCGACCCCUCCUCCUCCUGUCCCCCUGACGGACGCUGGCAGUUCAACACCAAUGUGGUUUUUAGGUCAGACGGCCUGCUGGUGGCACGCUACCAUAAGCAGAACCUCUACUUCGAAGCGUCCUUCGACACACCUCCACAGCCUGAAAUCAUAACAUUUGAUACACCUUUUGCCGGGAAGUUUGGCCUCCUCAUCUGCUUUGACAUCCUGUUCCACGAACCCACGGUCACUCUAGUGGAGAGGGGCGUACGUCAGCUGAUCUUCCCCACGGCGUGGAUGAACCAGCUCCCCCUGCUGGACAGUAUCCAGUUCCAGCGGGCGCUCAGUCUGGGUGCCAAUGUCACACUGCUUGCUGCCAACAUUCGCCACGACGGUCUCAUCAUGAAAGGGAGCGGCAUCUUCACCCCCACGUCUGCCACCUACCACCACGCCUCACAGGGAGACGCAGAGGAGGGGAAGCUGCUGGUGGCCAGGGUGCCGGUCUUAGACCCCCUGUGGGUGGGACAGAGUGUAGCCACAGAGGAGGUGAAGGGGAAGGGAAGCGGUGAGUCCACAUCCUCAGUGGCUACUGAGUCUGGGUACUGUCACCAAGGCAGCUGUGAUUCUCCUCCUGAUUCUGCAGACCGUAGCUCCUCAGAAACCUUCAUCUCCUCCAUGAUGUACGACCCGUUCAAGUUUGUGCUCUUAAAUGAGACGGAGGGGGAUCUUAGCGUGUGCGACGGCACCUUCUGCUGCGACCUGCAGUACAAGCGGUCGCCGCAAGGCAACGCCGAGGAGCUUUACGCACUCGGCGCAUUUGCAGGACUGCACACCGUCAACGGACAGUACGCCCUGCAGGUGUGUGCGCUAGUCCGCUGCGGAGGGUUGGAACCCAGCUCCUGUGGGCAGGAGGUGGAAGAGGCAGAGUCUAAAAUAGACUUCCUGCUGGAGGGCACGUUUGAGACCAGAUACGUGUACCCGUCAGUCCUGGCGAGCCGCAUGGUCCUGGAGCAGCCGGAGCGUCUGGAGAAAACCGAAGGCGGGAGAGUGACCAUGAAGCACUCGAACAUGACGGCCGGCCUGGUCACCGCCUGUCUGUACGGGCGAAUGUACCACCUGGAUAACGCAUCAACAGCUUUGUAACAGCAAUGUGGCAAAGAGAGCAAAGUCAAAGACGCAUUAUCCUGUCGAAUAAAGACUAAAAUAAAAACAA